AUGCCCACCCCCAGUCCCUCUCCUCUACCUUCCUCAUCAUCACCUCCACCACUUGUGAACCCUCGUGAUAUUACCUCUCCCGAACAAAUCACCGCUCAGCUCGCUUUGGUCGCACGGAGAGAAGCUGACCUCUCCCUCGCACUCAACGCCCUCAUCUCGGACCGUCAGCAAGUCGAGAGUGCUUUAGCUCACCUUCAAGAGCUCUCUCCAGAGAUAGAUAGAUUGUGCUAUCAAGUAGAUGGGGUCAACAAUCAUGCGCCACCGUUCGGAGCCAACUCUCGGGGUCUCGGACUCCAAAAUGGAGAUGAUACCUACUACGAUGAUGAGGAUGUUGGCCUGGUCGAAAGGGUAAGAAGAGUAUGGGAGACGAGUGAGAGAGUUGGAGGAAAGGUUAAAAGGCUUGAUCAAGAAGUUGGAAGGGUGAAAGAAGCUACAGAUAUCGUCACUGAGGUUUUGGAACUCAAGAAUGCGUUGCAGACAUUGUCAGCAGCCAUUGAUAAGGAAGACUGGGAGUCUGCUUCUCGUGCUUGCCGUCGAGCUAUGUCCGUUAGGAAAGAAGUGAUCGAUAGUGGUUUUGCAGGGGGAGUCGUUCCCACCCCUCAAAACCCUCUACAACCUUCACAACAAUUGGAAGAACUUCGUUCUACCCUUCUCCGAACAUUCAGGGAACAAUUCGAUGCUGCUGCUGAACGUAGAGACCAACAAGCUGUCUCCAGAUUCUUCCGUCUCUGGCCUGGCAUAGGUGCGGAACAGGAGGGAUUGAAUGCUUAUGGGGAUUUUGUUGUUGGAUUGGUGAAAGCUCGAAGCUCAAGUGCAGGAAAACCUUCUUCACCACUAUACUACUUGACAAAUCUCACCUCCCUAUUGGAAAGCAUAGCCCAUAUCAUCGACCAACACCAACCAGUUGUAGACAAAUACUAUGGUAAAGGUCGUAUGCGAACAGUUGUGGGUCGUCUUGUAGGAGAAUCAGACCGAGUGAUACGGAAUCUUGUGGAAGGAUGGGAAGAAGAACGUCGUGUUGGUAGACUGAUAUCUGAUACGAGACAAUCACAAUUCCAAAUAUUAUCCAACCCAACCCUCUUACCACCUCUCUUCUCAACUUUAUCAAAUCCUUCAGCUCCACAACUUUCUUUAGCAGCAUUAGCAACUUCCACCACUUCUCAUCUCCCGAAUCUUCAGUCGGCACAACAUCUCCUCCAAUCAUAUGCGCCUGGGGCAAAAAGACCUCAAGGUCAAAGCUCCACACCGGUUUCUCAGGCUCCAGUUGAAGAAGACCUCGGACCGGAUCCUAAAGAUGUUGAUCGGAUAUUGGGCGAGCUGGUGGCUUUGGGUGGAAGAUGGGCUAUGUUCAAGCGUUUUGUGUGGGAUAGAGUUGUGGAGGACAAGGAAGCGGACGAGAAGAAAAUGGAUGAUAUGGAAAUUGUCGAACAAUCAGGAAGUCAAAAAGCGAUCGAGAAUCUCUUAAAGGUGUAUUAUGAACCUUUGGAGAUUUGGUUCCUCCGUACCUCCAUUGAAAAGGCCCAUCGGCUGGAAACUCCUGACUUAUCGACUCGCCCUCACCUCUCUUCUAUCCUUGAUGACACUUUUUAUCUCCUCAAGUUAAUCUUAAAUCGGGUUCUGUCAUGUGGUUCUUUGUCUUCACUUCGUGUGAUGCGUCAUAAAAUAGGGGAGGUGAUUGAGAAAGACUACAUUGGUGUACUGAGGAGAAAGAUGGAUGGGGUAUAUGCUCUACCUCAUGCGACGGGGGUGGAGAGGGAGAAGAGGGAGCGGGAUCAGAAGAUCGCUUUUAUAAUAUGGCUCAACGACCUGGAUACUUCCGCAGACUACGUCGAACGGCUGGUGGAUGAAUUGAGAAGAUCUCUACCUCAAAUAUUCUUACCAGCUCAGGAAAAAGACGUUUUAGGUGAAUUAGACGUAAUUGCAGAACUUGCAGGACGUUUCAGAGCUUCUUGUCGGUCCGGUCUCGAACAAUUAUUCAACCAACUCACUAGACCUAAACUUCGUAGUGUACUGGACGAAUGUUAUAAAGACGUUUCGUAUCUUUUGGACGAUGAUGGAUUUGCCGAAGCGGAAGAAAUGGAUUUGGUAAGGAAACGUUUUAUACGUGUUUGGGAGGGUUUAGUAGAUGGUUAUCGGGAAACAUUCACAGACCAUAAUUACCAAGCUUUCUUCAGUAUGACCCUCGAAAUCCUCGUACGUCCUUGGGAAAAGUUGAUAAUGAAUAUGAAAUAUACAGAACUCGGCGCUAUUCGAUACGAUAAAGAUAUCCGAUCUGUUGUUAAUUUCCUUUCUACUCAAACAUCUUUCGGAGGAGUAAGAGAGAAAUUUAAUAGGUUACAACAGAUCGGAACUGUUUUAAACAUUGACGCCGAGGAAGAUCCAGAGGAGUUUUAUAGUAAUUCAGGGAUUAGCUGGAGGCUCAGUAAAGUUGAAUAUGAUACUGUUUUAGGAUUAAGACAAUAGAAGUGAGUGAUAUUUGGUCAGGAAAUCAUAUUUCAUAGUCAAAUUGAAUAUGUAUUCGCAUCAUGCAUGGAUCUAACAUUGGU